AUGGCUCAACUCAAAGAUGAAUUGUUCCGAUAUGGAAACACCGACGGUGAAAUCGCGUUAUUACCCGACUCCAGCGCAUCAAUCUGUCCAGAAAUGGCAGAAACUAGUCCCCGUCGAUAUGUUUUGGUGCAACUAUUAGAUGGGGACCAAAGCGUCACAAUAGCUUUGGAUGUCACAAGUGUGUAUGUGUUGUGUUAUCGACCAGGAAACGGAGCCAGGUCACACUUGUUUCCCGGUGUGUCCGAAGCUGUACGAAAUGUUGUGUUCCCAAACACUCGAGGACGAGAACUUCCAUUUACUGAACGUUAUGGAUCUCUAGAAGGAGCUGCAGGAGUAGGUUACAGAAGUCAAAUCCCUCUGGGAAUUGAGGAGCUACAGCAUCAUAUUCAAAACAUGAAUGAUUACGAUCCUGCUAGUCCACAUGAUCGUACAAUCGCAAGAGCCCUUUUAGUUUGUAUCCAGAUGAUUUUGGAACCUGCGCGAUUUAGAUUCAUCGAGGGAGAAAUAGCUGAGGUGGCACAGCCUCUUCCGGAUGGAUCUUGUCAAGUGUUACAUCCAGAUGCUUUAACGAGGGCGUUUCAAAACAAUUGGGACUCCAUCUCCGAAAACGCCCAGUCUGCAGUCUAUGGAAUCUUUCCAAAUGAUGUCCGUUUAGUACUUGAUUCUCGAGAAGAACCACUGAUUUUCGACAGCCUGGCAUCCGUGCGUUUCAUUGUUGCAUUAAUGCACAUAGCGUGCAAAACCCGAAAACUUAAACCGCAGUUUUUGCAAAUGCCAGCAUCAAUAUCACCCUCUUCUUUUCCCAUGGUUAUGAGAUCCACAGGCCUCCAAGAGAACGAUGAAACUUGCGACGUCGUAUUAGCUCCAACGUCGUACAUCAUCGGACAAAAUGGUCUGUGUGUCAACGUAUACCAGGAAGACCACGCGGAUGGACACCAAGUAAUCUGA